CGCACCGCCGCCAGACCCGCCUGCUGAGCCCCAUGGCCCGCGCCGCGCUCUCCGCCGAUUCCAGCAACCCCCGGCUCCUGCGGGCGGCGCUGCUGUUCCUGCUCCUGGUGGCCGCCGGCCGGCGCGCAGCAGGAGCUCCCCUGGCCAAUGAACUGCGCUGCCAUUGUCUGCAGACCCUGCAGGGAAUUCACCUCAAGAACAUCCAAAGUGUGGAAGUGAAGCGGCCGGGACCCCACUGCGACCAAACCGAAGUCAUAGCCACACUCAAGAAUGGGCAGAAAGCUUGUCUGAACCCCGCAUCCCCCAUUGUUAAGAAAAUCAUAGAAAAGAUUCUGAACAGGGAGAGCACCAAACAGGAGUGAAGUAAGAAGCUCAUCAGCUCAUCAUUGGCACUUCCUGCAGGGUGGUCCCUGCCCUAUGAGAGCUGAAAAUGAAGAGAACAGCGGUUUUCUUGGGACACCUGGAAAGGACUUAAUGUGUUUGACUAUUUCUUGAGAGAGUUCUACUUAUUUAUGUAUUUAUUUAUUUUCGAAAGCUUGUAUUUUAAUAUUUUACAUGUUUUUAUUUAAAGAUGUGAGUGUGUUUCAUCAAAUAUAGCUCUGUCCGGAUUAUUUAAUUGGAAUAUGAUGGGUUUUAAAUGCCUCAUUAAACUAACAUUUAGUGGGAGACCAU